ACAUUGGUUGACGUCUCGCUUGGAUCAUUCAAACUCGUCCUGCUGCUACCAUCGUCGAGUUGUGGCCACUUUCGAAAUGGAUGGAACUUUAUAGUGUUUUAUGUGCAAUGUCCGUGCCCGGGAAAGGAUGACAGGGAAACUCUCCACACCAAUGAUUUACUAACAAAGUGGCUGAUGCUAAUCUCUUUAUGCUUUGACCCUCAAAGUUCCCCAUAUAAUUCCUCCCUUCCUGCGUUGCAAAGACCCUCCACCCAGCCUUGGUGAGUUCACGGUUCUUUUUCAUUGAGUUGACACGAGGUGUCCAUUCAUGACAAACGAAUACUUUUAGUGUCGCUUGGCGAAGGCAUUGUGAUCAGCAUAACUUCCAUCGCAUGUAAGGCGACCUGGAAUCAAAGUCUGCAUUCGUCUUCGUCUUGACCUUUGCCCAUAUGAGUGACACGUCCAUGUCAGAACCUUGGUUUACUUCCAGCUCUGUCUCCGGCUGCUUACCUUCGCUUUUCAGUACUUCUGAGCCUCAGACCCCGAAUGGUUCAGACAGGCCGACGCGACCUUCUUCUCGUAAUCCCUCCACAAAAUCAGAAGGAGGUCCCUCUCAAGAUAGGCGGGCUCUUCCGCUCGCAACAGGUAGUAAUACAUCCUCUGCAUCAGGUUCUUCUUCCAUCGCCCAGUCCCAACCUCAGCAGCGUAGCCACGACCGACAAACUAUUCGUACGUCCAAUGACAGCAGCAAUCUAGCUUUCCGACAACGUUUUCCCCUUCUCUUUCGGCAACCUAGGCCAAUCCACUUUUCCCAACAUUCGUCUCCGAGCAUUCCCAACUCGCAUUUCUAUUGUAAUGACUUCUUAUUGGGUGCUGGAAUGGUGCUCAUACAACCAUCUACGGACAAAGUCGUUUUGGUGUACGAGAGUCUACGGGAACACUGGUUUCUCCCCAAGGGAAGGAAAGACGUUGGAGAAACUUUGGAACAUGCUGCAUUACGAGAAGCAUAUGAGGAGACCGGAUAUCGUGCAGAAUUCCUCCCGUUGUAUUCUCCAACGAAUCAACCCUCAAGUCCUGACGCGUCAUAUUCAUAUUUCAACACGGAGCCAAUUUAUGUCAGCUCGCUCACCUGGAAAGCACGUCGAGUUCCAAGAAAUGGACCUGGAGAUCUAGGCGGAGAGUACUUCACGUUCUGGUACGUUGGUCAGAUAGCCGAUGACGCGGUGCGAGAGGAAAAUACAGGCAUGCCGGAUGAACAGCAUUACGUUUCACACCUGCUGGAUUGGAAGGACGCUCUAGCUUUGUUAGCAGACUAUCCACUCGAACGGAAAGUGAUGUCAAUGGCUCGGCGGCUGUGGUAUCAAACAUUGCACAUCGAGAGGCAGCUUGCUGAACAGGAAAGUCAACGCGUAGUCGACGACCAGUCUGACAGUGCUGCGCAGACGGAUUGACAGUGCGUACACAUGGGAGAAAUCCUAUAUUUCUGUGUCUCCCAAUGAAGUUUCCACCAUACAAUCCAGUCUUAGGAUCAUGAUCGCAUAUUUCGUCCCAUUAUAUACAGGCGACUCCUAUUGAAAGCCACAUACAUUGCACACUAGAUAGACGUUAAUUUAUUGUUAGAGUACCACAUUUAUGCCAUGAGAACUACACUUGUAAGAUGUGUUGCACGCGACUAGAAGCUGGAAAACAGG